AUGAAUGUGAUACUGAAUACUAGUCCAGGAUUCAAUUUGGAAACAGUAGAAUACCGUAACGUCUCGUUUACUGUGUGGGAUGUCGGUGGACAGCAGAGGAUUAGGGCUCUUUGGAAGUACUAUUUCCGCGAUACCCAGGCUAACGUCGAUCGUAUGACCGAGGCUCGUAACGAGAUUCACUCUCUUGUUGAAGAUGCCGAGCUACACGGUACAUUUCUGAGAAUUAUUAAAUUAAUGAGAAAGUUACUGUGGUAG